UUCAUUUGACGAAGCUGGUCCUCGUGUAUCGCGUAGAUAGCGUAUCAGUAGCGUAUGCUACAUUUGUUCGCGUACUUGCUAUAGCUAGCUAUUUAACGAGAGUUUGCAAUGUUGUUAGCCAGCAGUUACUAUUCUUUCAGGGUGAAUGUGUGCUGCCAAAGCCUGCCGCGCUACACAGACUCUGGUAUCAACAAGCCCUGUUGCUAACUUGCUAUGUCUCGGGAACAGCUGGUCGUACAGCGGGCCAGGAAGUCCUUCCAGACAGGGAGAACCAAACCUCUGGAGUUCAGGAUCCACCAGCUGAAGAGCCUGCUGCGCUUCAUCUCUGAGAGACGCAGCGACAUAGCAGACGCUGUCAAAAAGGACCUGGGGAAGAGUGAACAUGGGACUGAGCUGUUUGAGACUCUGGGAUUGGAGGGAGAGAUUAAGCUGGCUGUAGAAAAGCUGGCAGAGUGGGCGGCUCCUCGGCCGGUAGAGAAGAACCUCCUCACCAUAUCGGAUGAGGUGUAUGUGCAGCCAGAGCCUCUGGGGGUGGUCCUCAUCAUCGGGGCCUGGAACUACCCCUGGGCUGUCACCCUCCAGCCGCUGGUCGGAGCUAUCGCGGCAGGUAAUGCAGCAAUAAUAAAACCAUCUGAAGUCAGUUCUCACUCCGCCAAGGUCAUGGAGGAACUCCUCCCUCAGUAUCUGGACAAAGAUCUGUAUCCAGUGGUGACAGGUGGAGUGCCAGAGACCCAGGAGCUGCUGAGGCAGAGAUUUGACCACAUUUUCUACACAGGAAACAGCACAGUGGGUAAACUGGUGAUGGAGGCGGCAGCUCGCCAUCUCACCCCAGUGACCCUGGAGCUGGGAGGGAAGAGCCCCUGCUACAUCGACAAGAACUGUGACAUUACUAUAGCAUGUCGUCGCAUCACAUGGGGCAAGUUUGUCAACUGUGGCCAGACAUGCAUCGCUCCAGAUUAUAUCCUGUGUGAACCAUCCAUCCAGAGCCGAGUAGUAGAAGAGAUCAAUAAGAACGUCAAGGAGUUUUACACAGACAAUCCAAAAACCUUCGAGGACUAUGGGCGCAUUAUUAACCAGCGACACUUUAAGAGGGUCAUGGCUCUCAUGGAGGGGAGCACGGUUGCUGUUGGUGGAGACAACGAUGAAUCUCAGUGUUACAUAGCCCCCACUGUGCUGAAGGAUGUGACGAGGGACUCCAGAGUGAUGAAGGAGGAGAUCUUUGGGCCCCUGCUGCCCAUCAUCACAGUGAGCGGUGUCGAUGAGGCCAUUCAGUUUAUUAAUGAGAGAGAAAAACCUCUGGUUGUAUAUGUCUUUUCCCAUGACAACAAGCUGAUCAAAAGGGUGAUAGCUGAGACUUCCAGUGGAGCUCUCCUGGCUAAUGACUGUCUGGUCCACUUUACCGUUAGUGCUCUGCCCUUUGGAGGAGUUGGUAACAGUGGGAUGGGCUGUUACCAUGGCCGGCACAGCUUCAACCAACUCAGUCACCUGCGCAGCUGUCUCAUCAAGCAGCUGAAGAUGGAGGGAGUCAACAGCAUGCGAUACCCACCUCAUACAGCCAAAAAGCUGGGCUGGGCUCGAUUCUUUCUGCUCAAGCAGGUCGAUGUGCGCAGGCUGCGGCGCAUGGCACUGCUGACCAUGUUUGCUGGUUUGGCAGCAUUUGUGGUGCAGAAUCCAAACCGCUGCCAGGUGAUAAAUCCAGUGCUGUGUUUCUUCAGAACCAAGUUGUCCAUCUCCAUCUUCAGCUACAAACUCUGAGCAAUCCUAAACUUGCUUGACCUCUUCAGUUUUCUCUCCAGGAACCCCUGAAUCCAGCACCAUUGCAGGCAGAAUGGACAGCCCUCAUUAAAAUGAAUUUUCGCCACACUGCCUGAUUUGAUUUGAAUGACUUUUGGGGCAGAUGUGUGAAACUGAACUGUCUUACAACCAUUGACUGAGAUCAUCAAGAACAUAAUCCUGUUCAAAUUACAGAUCAGUUGAACCACUGAUUUUAAUGAGAGACAACAGGGGAAGAAUUUUAUCCACAGAGACAUGUCAUAUUUGACAGUCGCCCCUCAGACCAGACUGGGCAUAUCAUCAUACUGUGCAUAUGUUGGUCUGUAAUAUCAAAACAAGCUGAAUAAAGAUUUUAGCUGGUGACUUUUAGAGAAGGUGAAAUUCUGUAGACCAGAAUCUGCUAUCAACGUACGUGGAUUUGAAACUAGAUACCUAACUCUAGGUCCAGUUACUAAAUAACUGGAGGGAUCAUUUUAUCCCACACUGUUAUGACAUGAGUAAUCAGAUCCUGUUGGAUGUGUUCAAGAAGCAGACAUGAAUGCUUAAA